AGGGGACAAGAUCAGGGCGGGAGGGCAGACACCGAUCAGCCGGCCAGAGCCCCGCACACCCAGCAAGAUGCUGACCUGGCGGCUGCAGACCCGGGCUGAGAAGGCCGAGCUGCAGGAGCUCAACGCCCGGCUCUACGACUACGUGUGCCGGGUGCGCGAACUGGAGCGGGAAAACCUGCAGCUGGAGGCGGCGCUGCGCGGCCGGCGCGGGGCGGAAGGGCUGCGGGCCGAGGAUCGGGCCCGCUGCGCCGAGGAGGCGCGCGUCCUGCGGCUGCAGCUGGACGAGCUGAGCCGGGCCACGACGGUGGCCGCGGGCGAGCGCGACGCGCUGUGGCGCGAGCUGCUGGAGCUGCGGCGUCUGGACGCGGAGGCCACGGCCGACCGGGGCCGCCUGGAAUCCGAGCUGGGCGCCCAGCGGCGGGAGCUGCAGGAGGCGCUGGGCGCACGUGCCGCCCUCGAAGCCAUGCUGGGCCGGUUGCAAGCCGAGCGCCACAACCUGGACGAGGCCCACGAGCGCCAAGUGCGGGAGCUGCGCGCUCUGUCCUCCGGCCUGACCAUGCACUACCGAGCCGCCCGCGGCCCCGGCCCCGCCGCGGCCCCGCCGCGCCUGCGGGCGGUGCACGACAGCUACGCGCUGCUGGUGGCCGAGUCGUGGCGGGAGACGGCGCAGCUGUACGAGGACGAGGUGCGCGGGCUGGAGGAGGCGCUGCGGCGCGGCCAGGAGAGCCGGCGCGAGGCCGAGGCCGAGGCGCGGCUGUGCGCGCAGGAGGCGGACGCGCUGCGGGCUGAGGCGCUGGAGCUGGAGCGGCUGCGCGCGCAGCUGGAGGACGAGCUCCUGCGCAUGAGCGAGGAGUGCGGGCUGCAGGCCGAGGAGCGGCAGAGGGUGAUUGACUGUCUGGAGGAGGAGAAGGAAGCCCUCACCUUGGCCAUGGCUGAUCGAUUAAGGGACUAUCAAGAACUUCUGCAGGUGAAGACCAGCCUCAGCCUGGAGGUGGCGACCUACAGAGCCUUGUUGGAAGGAGAAAGCAAUCCGGAGAUAAUCGUCUGGACAGAGGAAGUUGCCAACAUGCCACAAGAUUUCAGAAACACAUCCUACCACUACACUGACUCACUAUUACAGAGGAAAAAUGAAAGAAAUCUGCUUCUAAGACAGAAAGCACCCCUGGCAUCCGUAAAUCACAGCUCGGCUCUGUAUUCCAACGGAGUCAGGCACCUGGGGUCCCAGACAGCCACACCUGUCAGAAGUGCAGCCACACGAGGAGUCCUGACCCCAGGCUAUUCUUCCUCCACUACCACCCUGCAGGAAAACGCUUAUGAAAAAACCAUCAAGAGUCAGACCAGUUUCAGAACUGUCUCUCCAACCCUCGGUCUUGGAAGAGAUACAGAUGCUUACGUGAAAACAUUCCCUAGUAGACCGAAAUCAGAAGGUACCAGAGACAUCCUUGCUCAUUUGGCCCACGAGUCACUCCGUGAGGGCCGAGACAGCAGGACGGGAGCCGGGGAGCGUGCUCGGUCACACGAGAGGAGUGUCAUUCUGGGAAAGAAAAUAGAAGUGGAAACCACCAAGGAACAGGAACGCGAGAGACCAGGAAUUGUCCAGAUAAAACCAGAAAGGAAAAUGUUCGAUUCUAAAGAGAAGGCAUCCGAGGAGAGAAACUUAAGGUGGGAAGAACUAACAAAGUUGGAUAAAGAAGCGAGAAAGAGGGAAAGCCAGCAGUUGAGAGAGAAAGCCAAAGGGAAGGAAGCAUUGAAGGAGAAAGAUGUCAAAGGAAGAGAGAUCCCAAUUACUCUAGAAACAUCCCAGGGCACCCAACCGGAAGUGUCCAUGAAAGGUCUCCAGACACUCAGGAAGAAGGAUGCAGGUGACAGCCAGGACACGGAGGCGGUAAAAAGAGAGACUAGGUUCAGGCUGGACACCAGGCACACCGCCAGCUCUCUGCCAGGUGAUCCCAUGACCGAAACCAUCGCUGAAAACAUUGUCACCAGUAUCCUCCAGCAGUUCACCCAGUCUUCCGAUGCAGAAGUAUCUGCCGAUUCUUUCCCAGACACAAAAGUCACUUUUGUGGGCAGGCAGGAGCUUCCUGGUGGCAAGAAAACCAAGACGGAAAUAGUCGUGGAAUCCAAACUGAGGGAAGACGUAGAUGUUUCUCAAGAAGCCGGCCUAGAUUACCUUCUGAGCCAGAAUGUCAAGGACGUGGGCCUGAAGGGGAAAUCGACCGAACAGAUGAUAGGAGACAUAAUCAAUCUGGGGUUGCAAGGGAGGGAGGGGAAGGCAAAGGUAGUCAAUGUGGAGAUUGUGGAAGAGCCCAUGAGCUACAUGGGUGGCGGGGAGUCCCCCACCCCCUUUCAAGUGGAGGAGGCUGAUGACAUGACUCCCAGCUCCAUGGGGAUUGUCGAGGAAGAGGAGGAGGAGGGAGAGACGACGGAUGUCCCAUUCUCCGAUCGCCAACGUGAAAAGACCAAGCAGGCCUGGAAAAACAGACCUCUGGUGGAAGAAGUGACAGAGGCAGGUGACUCAGAGGGAGAGCAGAGUUAUUUUGUGUCGACCCCCGAGGAGCACCCUGGGGGGCUUGGCAGAGACAAGGACGAAGGCUCAGUGUACGGGCAGAUCCACAUUGAAGAAGAGUCUACCAUCAGGUACUCCUGGCAAGACGAGAUCGUGCAGGGCACUUGUCGGAGAAAGAGGGGCCACGUGACAGGUGAGAAGGACAGGGAUGUGGAAGCUGUGGAUAUCCUGGCUCCCCCCUUAGGGGGUGGCCUGGGUUCUGCCCACUGGAAGGAAGAAGCUAGUGGUGAAGUACACGCAGAGCCCACAGUCAUCGAGAAAGAAAUCAAAAUACCCCACGAACUCCACACCUCCAUUAAGCGUGUCUUCUCCAAGGAGCCCCGCCACGAGCUGGUGGAGGUGAUCGGGCAGCUGGAGGAAACCCUUCCCGAGCGCAUGAAGGAGGAGCUGUCCGCCCUCACCAAGGAGGGCCAGGGCGAGCCAGGGAGCAUGUCGGUGGACGUGAAGAAAGUCCACACCUCCGGGGGCGGGGCCGUGACCUUAGUCGCGGAGGUCAACCUGUCACAGACCGUGGAUGCUGACCAGUUGGACCUGGAGGAGCUGAGCCGAGAUGACGCUGGGGAAAUAGAAAAGACGGUUGAGGCAGUGGUCAGAGAGAGCUUGAUCAAGCAACCCAGCCGGACAGCUGGCAGCCCGGACAACGAGGAGGGGACAGAGGUGCCAGUGGGGGGCAUUCGCUUCAAGCGCUGGGCCACCAGGGAACUGUACAGCCCAUCCGGUGAGUGGGAUGACACCAGCCAGGCCUCUCGCAGCACUGACCAGCCCACCGUCCAGGGCCCAGUGUCAGCCACUGUGGAAGUCAGCAGCCCACGGGGUUUUGUGCAAUCUCACGUGGUAGAGGAUAUCAGCCAGUCUGGGAGGCACGUUAAGCUAGGCCCCACUGCCGUCUGGAGGACCGAGCGGGUCUCCCAUGGAGCAGCUGGUGCAGAGGUGUUGGAGGUAAGUGGGGACCUGAGGCCAGCAGGCAGCUCAGUGGGUGCCAGCAGCUCUAUGAGGUUCUUUCCCUCAGCUUCCGGUCAAAGUCAGUUAGCGCCGGAAGUCAUCUUCCCAGGUCCUGACCCGGAAGAGCCUGGCCUGGCCGGGCAGUCUACAGAUGUUGACACAUCUGGAAGGCGCAGCCCCUAUGGUUUCCAGCAGUUCCAUGCUGAAAAGGAAAUUCACUUUCAAGGUCCCUUUUCUGGGUCAGCCAAUGUUGGGGGUAACUUGGAAGUGGAAGAGUCAGUGGGUACUCACACUUCUGUCAGGCACCUCCAGUUAGGCCCCAAAGAAGGGUUCAGGGGGGAAAUCCAGUUCAUAGCCCCCCUCCCCAACCAAGUGGGACGGGGGACCAGAGAGGAGUCACCAGGGAACAGUACACCCGUGACACACAUUACCACGGAGGAGAUAGUUUCCCAGCCGGUGGAAUUUAGUGACUCUGGGUGCACCUUCCAGGGAGAUGGCUCAGCAGACGCCAUCCCGGCCACUCAGGGUCAUGACAUUGGUAGGAAAGUGCUCCUGACUGAACAGAGAACAUUCCAGAGGCUCAUUUCUGAAUCUCCAGGGGGGCAGAGAGCAGGGGACGCAGGCACGGCAGUGUCGUCGAGCUGGAGUCGGUCCUCCAGGCACAUUCGGCUAGGUCCCGCAGAAACUAGAACCUCUGAACACAUCGUCAGCCACGGGUCCAUGUCCAAGACAUCCACAUUUGGUGGUGCGGUGGCCUCCUCAGAGCUAGGCAGGGGAGAUGACAGUCAUAGCCCACUAAGUCCCAUUGCACUGGGGCCCAAAGAAACUUCAUUUACCUUUCAGGUGGACCUGAAUAACGCAAGGGCGAGCCCCAGCCGAACCCCAGGGGCAAAGAUGGAAGCAGACGCUUCUGACUCUGGUAGCUGGAGAGCCACAGACAAUAGGGACGAUCAAGAAGCGGGCAGGAGCUUUCAGCCUUCUGUUGGGGAUGAGCGUCAGGCCCGUGCAGAGCAGGGGGCAGAGCAGGCUGGGUUUGACAAGAUGGUGCAGCUACAAAGAAUCGUAGACCAAAGGUCGGUGGUUUCAGAUGAAAAGAAAGUGGCCCUCCUCUAUCUAGACAAUGAGGAGGAGGAGGAGGAGAGUGAUGGACAUUGGUUCUGACAAACUGACCUGUUCUGAUCUACCUGGCAUCUUGUUUGGAGGCGUGCCAACACGGCUAAAAGGCUUUCCUUAAUCUAUGGCAUGGGAAGAGGCUCACGAUCAAAACUUCCUCUCUCUACAUUUUCUUUGGAGAACUCCAGGCAAUGUCAAGUUCACUUCAGAUUUAAUCGGUAAAGGUUCCAAGGGUAAUUUGUGCCCUUAAGGGCUUUGGAAUUUCAUUUUCCUAUUGGAACUUUUACAAAAUAUUUCUUAGUCUUUUUAAUUUUUUAAAAAAAGUUGCCUUUUCGAACUUGGUGACGUAUAGUUAAUGCCCAUAAGCCUAGCUACUCAGGGAGGCUGAGAUCUGGAGGAUCAUGAUUAGAAGCCAGCCUGAGCAGAAAAGUCCUGAGGGAUUACAUCUCCAAGAUAAUCAGCAAAAGGCUAGGAUGGAGGUGUGUUUCAAGGUGUGGCAAACAAGUAAAAUGUCCUGAGCUCAAACCUUGGUACUGGCAAAAAAAACAAAUACAAACAGCAACAACAACAACAAAUCCACCUUUCUCUGAGUUUUUCUCCCCAAUUGUGUGGAGUUUCUCACCCAGUCACAGAAACAGUUUGCAACUCUUUGAAGCUAUAAUUACCUAUAAACAAGAUGCCUACCACAUUAACCUUAACCAGAUUGAAAUAAUAUAUAUUCAAGAGUAGAUUUUUGUUUGCAUGUGCUAAAUGUGAAAUAAUAGUCAUAAAUAAUAAUAAACUAACAUUUAAGGGAAAAUACAUUUUUCUCUUUUUCUAUGUCUUUUCAAAAAAGAAAUCAUGUAAAAUAAGCAAGACUGUCUGUUACAAGUAUCUACCAAAUGAUUUCUUUGGGAGACAGCUUUUCAGAGAUUUAAAUUCAUUUUAAAGGCUGGAGUGAAUUGCUUUCUAUGUGUAAAAAAAGUUUGUGGAGCGGACCGCUGUAGUCUAAUGUGGCCUUUUGAAUCUACCUUCCUGCUGUGUUCAUAGAGGUUCUUCUCAGGGUGGGGGAGGGUGGGAACGGCUUAUAGUAUAGUUUCUUGGUCAUGAUGCUGGGUCAUAUGAAGUACUGCUAUCUGAACACUCCAUUCCUGCUCUUACCUAAGCUCUAGAGUAGCCAACAACUGUCAAGGUCUUUGAACUUGAGCUUCUCCAAGCCUUAGCCUUCAGCAGUAGAACAGGACCCCCCAUUCAGCAGUGAGAGUGUAGAGCUGCUACCCAGAUGGCAACUCAUGCUUGUAAUCCUAGCCACUCAGGAAGCUGAGAUCUGAGGAUUCCCAUUCAAAG